AGCCCGAGUUACAUAAACCAUAACUCGUCUUCAACCUUUUUUUUCUAGGGUUUCUUACCACAGAGACAGUACGAGGCGCCCUUGAUAGAAGACUCGAAAGAGCUGCCAUGGCGAGAAUCAAGGUUCACGAGCUUAGGGAGAAAUCGAAAGCCGAUCUCUCGAGUCAGCUGAAGGAUCUGAAGGCGGAGCUUGCCCUCCUCCGCGUCGCUAAGGUUACAGGCGGUGCUCCAAACAAGCUAUCCAAGAUCAAGGUGGUGAGGAAGUCGAUUGCACAGGUUUUGACUGUGAUCUCGCAGAAGCAGAAAUCUGCAUUGAGAGAGGCAUACCAAAACAAGAAGUUUUUGCCACUCGAUCUCCGUCCCAAGAAGACUAGAGCUAUCAGAAGGAGACUCACCAAGCACCAGGCAUCGUUGAAGACGGAACGGGAGAAGAAGAAAGAUAUGUACUUUCCAUUGAGAAAGUAUGCCAUCAAGGUGUAAGCCGUUGUCUUGCUCCAUCUAGUGUUUCAUUUUCUUCAAUGCCGGUUAAAGACUAAAGAGUUCCAAACUCGAAUCUUUUGCCAUCAUAUAUCUAUUUGAAUUAGAGAUUUGAUUUGCCCAAAAAAAUCUCCAGUAUGACCAUUGUCAUGAUGGUUUUUCUUUGAGCUUUCCGUAUUUUACGUCUACUAGCCCCAAAAGUUAAAUACAUAAAUAUUCUAAUUUUUGGUGGUUAA